CAGGCACCCACGGUGUCCCCAUCGGAGGCCCCAGAGAGGAGUGAAUAGUGAGGAUUUGCCUCGGAGGAACUUGCGCUGUGGUGAUGAUGAACGACAUCCCACUGCAGAGGCAGCUUUGUUACUGCCCUUCAAAGGACUUAUCACAACCAGGACUUUAAAUUACUUCCCCUGAGAUCAAGUAAAACAAAAUGCUUUUGGAAGUGCUGAACCCAAGGCAUUACAAUGUCACCAGCAUGGUGUCCGAAGUUGUGCCUAUUGCUAGCAUUGCAGUCCUGCUGCUCACUGGAUUUCUUCUCUUGGUUUGGAAUUAUGAGGACACAUCCUCAAUACCAGGUCCCAGCUACUUUCUGGGAAUUGGGCCCCUCAUUUCCCACUGCAGGUUCCUCUGGAUGGGGAUCGGCAGUGCCUGCAAUUACUACAACAAGAUGUAUGGAGAAUUCAUGAGAGUCUGGGUAUGUGGAGAGGAAACCCUUAUUAUUAGCAAGUCCUCAAGUAUGUUCCAUGUAAUGAAGCACAGUCACUACAUAUCCCGAUUUGGCAGUAAACUUGGGUUGCAAUUCAUCGGCAUGCACGAGAAAGGCAUCAUAUUUAACAAUAAUCCAGCACUCUGGAAAGUUGUUCGACCUUUCUUUACAAAAGCUUUGUCCGGCCCUGGCCUGGUGCGCAUGGUGACCAUCUGUGCUGAUUCCAUCACCAAGCAUCUGGACAGGCUGGAGGAGGUCUGCAAUGACUUGGGCUAUGUGGACGUGUUGACCCUCAUGCGGCGCAUCAUGCUGGACACCUCUAACGUGCUCUUCCUGGGGAUCCCCUUGGAUGAAAGUGCCAUCGUGGUUAAAAUCCAGGGGUAUUUUGAUGCAUGGCAAGCUCUCCUUCUCAAACCAGACAUCUUCUUUAAGAUUUCUUGGCUGUGCAGAAAGUAUGAAAAGUCUGUCAAGGACUUGAAAGAUGCCAUGGAAAUUCUCAUAGAAGAAAAAAGACACAGGAUUUCAAUAGCAGAGAAGCUGGAAGACAGCAUAGAUUUCGCCACUGAGUUGAUUUUUGCUGAGAAACGUGGUGAACUUACAAGAGAGAAUGUAAACCAGUGCAUAUUGGAAAUGCUGAUCGCAGCGCCAGACACCAUGUCUGUUUCUGUGUUCUUCAUGCUGUUUCUCAUUGCAAAGCAUCCCCAGGUUGAAGAGGCAAUAAUGAGGGAAAUCCAGACUGUUGUUGGUGAAAGAGACAUAAGGAUUGAUGAUAUGCAAAAGCUAAAAGUGGUGGAAAACUUUAUUAAUGAGAGCAUGCGGUACCAGCCGGUUGUGGACCUGGUCAUGCGCAAAGCCUUAGAGGAUGACGUCAUCGAUGGCUACCCGGUGAAAAAGGGGACUAACAUUAUCCUGAAUCUUGGAAGAAUGCAUAGACUCGAGUUUUUCCCAAAGCCUAAUGAGUUUACUCUUGAAAACUUUGCCAAGAAUGUUCCUUACAGGUACUUUCAGCCAUUUGGCUUUGGGCCCCGGGCCUGUGCGGGAAAGUACAUCGCCAUGGUGAUGAUGAAGGUCAUCCUGGUCACCCUUCUGAGACGCUUCCACGUGCAGACUUUGCAAGAUCGGUGCGUUGAGAAGAUGCAGAAGAAAAAUGACUUAUCCUUGCAUCCAGAUGAGACCAGCGACCGGCUAGAAAUGAUUUUCACCCCAAGAAAUUCAGACAAGUGCCUCGAGUGCUAAAGAAGUUUGGUCAGUCCCUGCCCCAGAGCACUGCUCAACAGAACUCCACAUGGGAAUCACCCAUCUUCGCCAGGUAGUCCUCCUCACAUGAACAACCAUGGCCUGUGCCAUUUUAUAGGCUUACCUCCUGUGGGUUGUCAGCUAGGCAGGAGACACGGUUCAUCUGACCAGAUCCAAACCAGACACCAGACUGCAAGAGAAAAUAGAGGCCAAGAGUUUGUACAGGAAACUGCAGCCCUAAAGACACAAUUCCACAAAACAUGCUUUGCAUGAAAGUGAAAAGUGAAAUUGAAGUCACUCAGUUGUGUCUGACUCUUAGCAACCUCAUGGACUGCAGCCUACUAGGCUCCUCCGUCCAUGGGAUUUUCCAGGCAAGAGUACUAGAGUGGGUUGCCAUUGCCUUCUCAGUUGGAAAAGACAAGCCACCAGCAAAACUCACCCCAGCUCCUUACUGUCCUACACUGAAUUGGGAGCUUUUUAACAUCUGGGGCAGAAGCACUCAAUUUGAUUACAAAGGCCAGGCCAACAUCUAUGUACCUCGGAUCUCCUAGUGUGAAUAAAACGGUUUUCAUUUGCUUUUUGGUGGGGUGGGGAUUACAUACCCUUGGAGAAUGCUUACAAAUUCAGCAUUUGACUUUUCCUACAAACUAUAUUCAAUUAACUCUUGUUUCUCUACAUGUGACUUGUCUGCAGAAAAAGUUAAAUUGAAGACUAUCCUUUCCCAAUUUCUCAAUUUAUUCCUCUCUUACCUCUGAUACAACAGGUGUAGAUUCAGGUAUACGAAAAAAAGUAACUUUUUAAUAGCCUGAAUAAGAUAUAAUUACUACCAUUCAUCUGCCAUACUAAAAAAUUCACACAAUACAUUUUAAAUUAAAUGAAAUUCCUCUUUUCAUGUCUGCAUAGUUGCUUAGCUCCAGGAGUGCAGUAACCAAGAGAUAAAUUUAGAUAAUGGCACCUAUUAACUCUUACUGAAGCUUCUGUGAUUUUAAGGGAGGGUAAGACUCUGAGUGUAUAUCUAAAUCUACAACCCAGUGGGUUCAAACUCUAAGGAGUGCUCCUUGUACCAUUAUCCUUUUCUCUCACCUUUUCUUCCCUCUUCUUUCUUUCCAUGACCCUAAGCCAAGAGCAACAAGCAUAUCAGUAGAGAACACAGCCAGGGUAGAACCCCUACAAUCACAUUUUAUCCUAGCUCCAAUUUAACAGUUACCUAUGAGAUUUAACAGUUAACCUGAUUUACUGAAUCAUCACUAUAUGUAACCGUAGAAAAAUGCUCAUCUUGGAAUUAGUGCCAAAUCAAACAGAUGAGUGAAUUUUCCAAGUAUUAAUAGUAUUUUCCUUGUGUAUUAUUGAUAUGGCCUUAAAAGUGUAUCUGCUGAAUGCCACAUAAAAACUAAAACACUAAAUUCAUUUACAAACAUGUAAAUGUUUGCCAUUGAGUCAACCUGAAUAUUCUUCUCAUCCUGCUGUUUGGCAGUAGGGCAACAGCUGAGUAUAAAGUGAGAAUGUAAGCUCCUGAGAGUGGAAGCUCUUUUCUUUCUUUUGGAAUCCAUGCCUGUCCCUUAUUCUCACUCCCCAUAUUUGUUUUCAAGAUCAAUACUGAAUUGACACUCUGGCCCAGAGAUAUUCUAAUUGACCCAGAAAUCAAGUAAAGGAGAAGCAGGAAUCCUAAAAAUUAAAGGAUGGGCAUUAAUAAAGCAGCAAGUAUUUGAAAUUGAAAUUAUCUAGAUCAUCUAUAUGACAUAAACAUAUGCAGAAAUAUAUCUGUGUAUCUGGAUGUAUCUGUGUAGUCAGGUCUAGAAAAUGAAAGUCGCUCAGUCAUGUCCAACUCUUUGUGACCCCAUGGACUAUACAGUCCAUGGAAUUCUCCAGACCAGAAUACUGGAGUGGGUAGUCUUUCCCUUCUCCAGGGGAUCUUCCCAGGGAUCCCAGGGAUCCCAGGGAUCGAACCCAGAUCUCCCACACUGCAGGCUAAUUCUUUACCAGCUGAGCCACAAGGGAAGCAGUCAGGUCUAGAUGAGUAUCCAAGCACUUCAAAAGCUUGAAAGAAAAGGAUUUUAGAUUGAACGGAUCCUCAUUAAUUCACUUGGUGAUUAUUAAUGGUUUACUUUGGCGGGAGCUACAUAGUGGAGCAAAACAGACUUUGGAUCCCUGUACUUCAUCCAUCUAAUUCUCCUGAACAUCUACUGUAUUUAAUAUGCAUAUAUGCAGCCAAGGUCAUACUCUGCCUAUACAAAGUGAAAUGGAAGGUGAAUAUAGUUGUAUAUAGAUAAUGCAGAUACAAAAAUAUGCUCGGGGAAAACUGGGGUGGGGUGGGGGCAAGGAGAGAGGGAAAAUAUUGGUUAGUGUUAUCUAAGCAAACUCUCCCAGAAACAAGUUAUCUGGGUAAUUGUUCAGCUUGUCACUCUUUUCCCUGUAUUGACAAACCUCAUAAGUAUGUACAGACUUGGCUUAAGGAAUAUGGAAUGUCAUUGACUUUACAUUGGGUUGAUGAAUGUAUAUUUGAAAAUCCUGUUUUCGCUUCAGAAUUUGGCCUUAUUGUUAAGUACUUAAUUGUGACUCUGAAUGUGCUGUGUAUUCUCUCUUCACCAACUCUCAAAGAACUGGAAUGUAUAAAAUUAUUAGUGAAAUGCAUACACAUGAGGGCUCUUAUCAUUUUCAACCUGUGAGGAAAACUGUAGUCUCCCAUCUUUGGAAGUUCCAGACACCUGCCUCUAUCUUCAUCGACCUCUUACUCUUCCCUCCCCCAAAUGGAAAAUCAUCUCAUUUAGAAAGACUCCACAUAAUGGGAAAUGCCAGUUGGAAGCUGUCACUUUUUAUUUCUAAGCAGCACCCCUCACCAUUCAUGGUGCUAAUAUUUCACAGAAGUGUGGGGCACUGGCCCACUGGAAAGAGUGCUAGCUGGGCCCUCCUCAAUCUCCUGUAGUAGUUGGUCUCUGGAACUGAAUUUCUCAUCUGUAUUUGCAAAAAGACUGGCUAAAGUUUGUCAAAGUAUGGAGUUGAAUGGAAUUUGUGGUACUUUCAGUUGAACUCAGCUCAAAAACAAAGUCAAGCGCUAAGGGCAAAGACAAACUCUCCGUGGCUCAACUCAAGAUAUUACUCAUUCUCUUACUGAAGUUUUUAGCAGGUUUUGACCUAUGUCUAGGGAGUCACUGCCAUACCAUUUCCACCAGGUCAACAAGACAAAAGGAAUGCAUAUAGAUAAGGCAAUCUGGUCAUCAAACCCAGCCCAUCAGGUAUACAUGUCUCUUUUAUGUUCCAUCAAGAAAGCAUUACAGGAAACCCAAACAGGAGCUCUGUAUCAACCUAGAGGGGUGGGAUGGGGAGGGAAAUGGGAGGGAGGUUCAAAAGGGAGGGGAUAUAUGUAUACCUAUGUUGAUUUUGACACUGAUUCAUGUUGAUGUUUGACAGAAAACAACAAAAUUCUGUAAAGCAAUUAUUCUUAAAUAAAAUAAAAAGAAACAAACAUUACAGACUACAAAACAAAUUAAAAUUCUUAUGAGAGUUUUUAUGUUAAAGUUAAUUAAAGUUCUUAUGAAUGAUUACUGUAAGAAUAAUCUUAAAUGCACUGUACUUACAGCCUAAAGCAAAUUUUUCACAGACUUUAGCAUUUUAACGUAUUGAUAAAACAUUUCUUGUAAUAAAAAUUGUAAGUUGCAAGACCUGAAA